UGUUGAUUGUCAAACAAAGCGGUAUUUAUCAUCGGAUGUGGCGGGGGUCGGGAACAGCUACAAAUAAUCCUGUCAAGACGGGCCAUUCGUGGAAGACGGUACUCAUUAGGCCGCUAAGUGACAGAGGUAACUGCAGAUUGGCAGUGUAUAUUACAUCUACAUGUAGAGUAUGAUUUCGACCAACAGUCGAGUGACAAUCUUGAUCGCAGCGGUUUACAUGUAUAGUUUACCAAAAGCGCUGACAGCAAAGAAAUAUGCAAUGGAUGACAAAUGCGACAAAACAAUCCAAAUGGAUGGCAAUAUUUUCCACACGGCAAGCAUUCAACAAACCUUCAGAGAUAAUUACGCACUCAAUAGUAAAUGUCAUGUGAUAUUUGAGACAAUGAACUCUUAUCGCUUCAUCAUUGUGUUCAAGCGUCUGGACAUCGAGUUCGAACCCCUGUGUGACGACGACAACUUACGAAUAAUUGAUGGAAACUCCACGGCUCAUCCAACAGUUGACGGUUUACCCUCCAAAAUAUGCGGACAAGAGAAACCGCCAGGUUCUUACGUUUCCAAAUCGAACCAGAUUAUGAUGGCGUUUCACAGUGACUUCUAUGACGUCAGAGACGGGUUCGAAAUCAUUCUUACCACUUUCCGAGAGGCACCUUGUGAUGAAGAGGAGGAGUUUAAGUGUAGGAAUGGACGGUGUAUCUCGAUUCUGCUUCACUGUGACGGAGAGAACAAUUGCGGAGACUACUCAGACGAGUGUCAAUGGACCGCGGGAGUUCUAGUGGGUAUUCUGGGAGCCGUCAUCUUUAUCACCAUCAUAGGCAUUGUGGCUGUAAGGUUUGCCAGAAAGAAGCGAUUGCUCUCAAAGCCUAAAAAGGGAAAGAAAGAGAUGACGUCGGAUAAGGUGAUGGAGAUUUUAUCGACACCAGUGUCCGACAUCAAGUUACCAUGUGAGCACCAUAGAAAAAGCAUGUCUAAAAGAUCUCUUGCCAUCUUUCCCGACUCCCAUCAACCACAAUGUCACAAGUACACAAUCAAUGCAGAGGGCGUGGCAAAUAAUUGACACUUUAUUAUAUCAUUAACAUUUAUUAUUUAUGCAUUAUUCAUAAAUUUCGCUUUAAUAUUUAUAACAUUAUUGUGUAUGGAUUACAUAUCAAGUAUGUAUUUCAAGGAAUUGCAUCCUUGAAUGCAUUGGGUUACACCAAACUUUAGAUUUCUUCAACAAA